AUGAUGCUUUUAUUCAACACUGAUAUAACGGAAAUAACGCGAAAUGAAACUAUUGACUGUGUACAAAAGCAGCUGAAGUUACAAUUAACUCAAUAUGAAUGGAUUACCCACCCAAACAAUAUAACAAGAUGUAGUCAACUCUUGCUGCUCAAUACAUCAAUACAAAAGUUGAACAAGACAAAAAUUAAGGAUACCUUCUUUGUACAAAAUAUAGCAGACUGUUCGUCUAUUUAA